CAAGAUGUGUUUUGUUUAAAGAUCAGACCGGAGCCGCCCAGGAAGUGGAGCACAAGACAAGAUAGAUGUGUUGCCCCAUACUUAGACACCAUUUACGUAGAAAACAUCAGUCUUUAGUGGAGACAAUUCACUUCCUGUUGCGAAUGUUGACGCUUCCCCUGAUGGGAGUGUGAAUGGCGCGGUUUUAUCUAAUGUCGCCUAACGUCAGUGUUGUACAAGAAAGUGGUAUUGACGGAUAACUUGGAGCGAAAUUGAAUAGGGAGUCUCGGCAGAGAGAGACGUGGUAUUUUUCAUGAGGUAACAGUACUUUUUGCCUUCCUUUUUUUUCUUUAAACCUAACCGGAUCCUGUUAUCAUGACGCCUGACCUCCUGAACUUCAAGAAGGGAUGGAUGUCAAAACUAGAUGAAAGUGGAGAGUGGAAGAAGCACUGGUUUGUUUUGACUGAUGCAGGACUGAAGUACUACAGAGACUCCAGUGCAGAAGAGAAAGAUGAUCUGGAUGGCGAAAUUGAUUUAAAAUCCUGCGUGAAGGUGUCCGAGUUUGAUGUGGAGAAGAACUAUGGGUUUCAGAUACAGACGAGGGAUUCCUCGUUUACGCUCUCUGCCAUGACAGCAGGAAUCAGGAGGAACUGGAUUGAAGUUUUAAAGAAGUGCAUCCGGCCGAGUAGCACCCCAGACCUCACACAGCUGCCUGAUAGCGGUAGUGACAAAGAAAACUCCCACACGCACAUUCAGCUGACUUCCCGCCGCCUGCCAUCGCAUCACGCUGAUGUUCCGUCAGAAGCUCCUCCUAACCAGCGCCGGUUUGACUAUGUUGAGCUGUCGCCCGUUCCUUCCUCCUCCAGCCUUCUGUCAGCCAAUCAGAGAGAGACAGGGGAGAGGCAGCGCAGGGAGCAGAGUCAACGGCAGGAGGAAAGGACUCGGGACGCCACGAGUAGCCAGUGGGAGGCCGUGCUGUCUCGGAAGGGCACCAGCGGAGGAGGGACUCAGAGGCUACGCAUGGAGGACGAGAUAGAGAAAAAGUGGGCAGAGUUUGAACGCAUGCCUUUGAAGGAGAACCCGACAGUGGUGUCACGGCCUUCCAGCCAGUCAGCCAAUGAGGCGCUGCAGAGGGAGGUGGCGUCACUGAGGCAGCAGCUUGAGCAACUGCAACAGGGGGGAGGAGGGGGAGGGGGGAAAGGGAUGCGGGGCGGCUGCGGCCCCGACGGCCCCUGCAGCCGCAGCCUAGCCGCUAUGGACCGCGCUCAUCGGCACGCCAUGGAGGAGCAGCAGAGGCAGCACGACCGCCAGAUGGCAGAGUUGGAAAUAGAGAAGAAAAUGCUGUUGCGGGAGGAAAUUGAGGAUACCGCACGGGUGAUGGAGGCACUGAAGAAGAAACACAAACAGGAGCUGGAGAGCGAGGCGGAAAAGGUCAAAAGACUUAGCAGCGGAGUCCUCGACCCACAGACUUUACGAGACCAGCAACAGUCAGAGAGUCAGGCCUUGCAGAGAGAGCUGGCAGGACUAUCAGAGCGCUAUUCUCAGAAGUGUCUGGAGCUAAACCGGGCUGAACAGAGCAAUGCUGAAAGAGAGCAGGAACGCGGUCAAAAGGAGACAGAGCUGGAGCAACUGAGGAAAGAGAACCAAAACUUAAAGGAGCGUUUGGCAGAGGAGAUCUGUCGUAUACGAUAUAGCAACACAGAUCUGGGUUCGAAGGACAACAGAGAUGUGACAUCCUGUGAAUUAGAGGUACUUGUCAGGGUGAAAGAAAACGAGAUUGAGUACUUGUACAAGGAGAUCAGCUGUCUACGGAAUGAACUGCAGUUCCUUAACACGGAGAAGCGUCUGGCCAGUGUGCGAUACGCAGAAGUGAAUGAGGAGCUGAGCGGGAUUAAAGGUCGGAGCGAGAGGGAGAUCCAGAAUCUAAAGGAGCACUUGAGGCUGGCCAUGGCUGCUCUGCAGGAGGGCCAGAGGCUGGGGAACAGCCUGGACCACUGAGAGUCUACUGAUGCUUCUGAGGUUCAUUUUGACUCCAUCAAAGGUUAGGACUGAUGCUCGGGAGACACACAAGUCAACACCAACCCCUGGGAUAGGUGGGAAUUGAACUGUGCACGUGUAAAUGUAUGUGUGCCUAUUUUGCAGGUGUGUCUGCUUUAAUGUGACUGAAUGGAAGAAAGAGAGAGACAGAAAAAGUAUGGUCAUACUUGUAUCUUUGGGACUGUAUGCGUGAAAGUGCCUUUUGUUUCAAUGCUCGUGCCAAUCGUCAGCAUGGACAAGCUGUAAACUGGCCUCAUUACACUGGACAACAUGUGAUACAUAAACUGAACUUUUCCUUCCUUUAUUCAUGCUUCUGGCUCUCGUCAGUGCACGCAAGUAUGUGCCUUUUUUUUUCUUUUAAAAACUGGAAUAUUUGUCAAACAUUAUUGUUGUAGUUUAAGGCAUUUUAGGUUAUUUUUGAACAGCUUUUACAACAAGUCAACCGAGAUUUUGUGUCUUUUAGCGCCUUUAGGCUGCAGAAUGACAGAGCUGAUGUCAUCUGGUAUUUGUUUUUUGAAAAAUGUGCUUUGAAAUGACGGCUUAUCAUUUCUGUUGUAUUAUUUUAACCUGGGUGGUUAGCACAGUUGCCUGACAUUCAAGCAGGUCUCUGUAGUUUUAAUUGCUUGCGUGGUUUUUCUCGGGGUACUCCGGUUACCUCCCACAGUCCAAAAACAUGCAUGUUAGCGUAACCGGAGACUCUAAAUUUGCCUAUAGGUAUUAAUGGUUGUUUGUCCAUAUGUGCCCUGUGAUUGGCGACCAGUCCAGGAUGUACCACACUUCUGGGAUAGGCUCCAGCUCACCCGUACCCAAAAAGGAUAUGCAGUUAAAAAUGAAUGAAUGUUUUUAACCAGGACUUUUUCCCCCUCAUUAUUGCUGGCAUAAUUGUGCUGUGAGCUCAACAUUUGACAGGUGUUGCAUAAAUGAGCCGAUUUGUUAUUGAUAAAGUGGUAAAAUGACUUAGCUACCUGCCUUUUGGGAAAAAAAAUAUUUAAUAUACUGUAUUUUCCUGUAUAAUGUAAUUUAUACACAUUUUUUGCUAUCAAUAAAG